UCAUAGUGGAGUGAAACCAUACACAUGUGAUCAAUGUGGGAAGAGUUUCACACAGAAAACGAACCUUACUGAACACAUGAGGAUCCACACUGGAGUGAAGCCUUAUGUGUGUGAUCAGUGUUGGAUGAGUUUUGCAAAUCUAAGCAACUUAAAAUCACAUCUGAUCACUCAUUCUGGAGAAAGACCAUAUAACUGUGAUCAGUGUGGAAAAAGCUUUUCUGGUGCAAAAUCCCUGAAAAACCACAUGAUAGUUCAUUCAAAGAAGGAACAUCACAAGUGUUCUUUGUGUGAAAAGAGUUUUGCUCAGCUGCUACAUUUAAAAAAUCACCAGAAAAGACACAGCGGUGUGAAGAAUCAUAUGUGCUUUGAUUGUGGGAAGUCCUUUAUUAGAAAUGUUGAACUCAGACUGCACCAGAGAAUCCACACUGGAGAAAAACCUUACAAAUGUUCACAUUGUGACGAGACAUUCAGUAGUUAUGGAUCUUGGAAAAGACAUGAAAGGACCCACACUGGAGAGAAGCCGUAUUACUGCUCUUCAUGUGGGAAAAGUUUCACUCAAUCAUCUUCUCUUCUUCGACAUACAAGAAACAUAUGUCAGAAAUCACAUUAA